AUGCGAGCUAAAUUUGUGAUCGCGCAAAAUCAAGAUGUUAGAUUGAUGCAGAAGAUCACUCCGUUCCAAAGGGAAAGUUUUCAUCUCACGAGUUUGGAGCUGAGGGCCGGCGGGGCAAGCAAAGGUGGUGGAGAAGAGCCCGGGAAGCUGCCGGAACCGGCAGAGGAGGAAUCCCAGGUUUUGCAUGGAACUGGCCACUGUAAAUGGUUCAAUGUGCGCAUGGGAUUUGGAUUCAUCUCCAUGAUAAACCGAGAGGGAAGCCCCUUGGAUAUUCCAGUCGAUGUAUUUGUACACCAAAGCAAACUAUUCAUGGAAGGAUUUAGAAGCCUAAAAGAAGGAGAACCAGUGGAAUUCACAUUUAAAAAAUCUUCCAAAGGCCUUGAAUCAAUACGGGUAACAGGACCUGGUGGGAGCCCCUGUUUAGGAAGCGAAAGAAGACCCAAAGGGAAGACACUACAAAAAAGAAAACCAAAGGGAGAUAGAUGCUACAACUGUGGUGGCCUUGAUCAUCAUGCUAAGGAAUGUAGUCUACCUCCUCAGCCAAAGAAGUGCCAUUACUGUCAGAGCAUCAUGCACAUGGUGGCAAACUGCCCACACAAAACUGUUGCACAGCCGCCCGCCAUUUCUCAGGGAAGACAGGAAGCAGAAUCCCAGCCAUGCACUUCGACUUUCCCUCGGGAGGUGGGAGGCGGGCAUGGCUGUCCAUCACCGCUGUUUCCUCAGGAGGCUAGGGCAGAGAUCUCGGAACGGUCAGGCAGGUCACCGCAAGAAGCUUCCUCCUCGAAGUCGUCUGCAGCACCAGAAGAGCAAAGCAAAAAGGGGCCUUCAGUCCAAAAAAGGAAAAAGACAUAACACUUCUUCUUAAUGUGUCGCUUUCUUUACCCGGUUGGGAAGUCUACCUCAUGCAAGUACAGGGGAACA